GGAAACUUUCAAAGAAUGAUAGGCGAAGCCUGGGAUUUAGACGAAAGUGGGGCUUGGCUCCUGGUCUUGUUUUCGCGGAGCUUUGUUACCGUUGAACACGGCCAUUACGUUCGGCAAGCUCGCUUGACCGUUGAGCGACCUCGGAUUGGUUGCACCGUUUCUCAAAAAUCGGCAGUUACCGUGAACAGGCUGAUUCUGCCGUUGAUCUUGGGCUUCUCGACAUAAUCUCCACAUUCUGCCGAAAGUUUCGUCGCCACUGGUCAUGCACAAUAGCCACCCAGGAACCACCUUUGCCGGCCCUAUAAAGUCUCGCGGUUCUCGUACUACUACAGAAAAACUAUGCCUACUAUUGGACGUUCGCUGGCAUUCCUGGCCGUGUUGACCGUGGUGUACGCCUACACUUGGCCUUCCAACAUUGACUACCUGGAAGGUCUAAUCUAUCAACUGUCUGGGUAUCGUAGGUUUGGUACCAUCGACGGGGUGAACCCGUGCAGUUUCUCUAGUGCUGGAGAAGGGAGGCAGGCUGCAGCGGAAUGGGUCCGCACUGCAUUCCACGACAUGAUAACGCACAACGCAACUGACGGAACUGGCGGAAUGGAUGCGUCAAUCAUGUUUGAGAUGGACCGACCAGAGAACCCGGGAGCGGCAUUCAACGGGACUAUGAAUUUUAUGAUCAACUUUUACAACAAGCAGACUUCCAUGGCGGACCUUUUUGCUCUGGCCGUUUACCUUGCCGUCGGCAGUUGUGGUGGACCGCAUAUUGCUAUGCGAGGGGGCCGUAUUGAUGCUACCAGUGCCGGGCCUGCAGGAGUUCCAGAGCCAAUGGAUGACUUGGAUACUAUCGUUGCACAGUUUACGACGGCAGGUUUCAAUGCGUCGGAUAUGAUACAAAUGGUGGCCUGUGGGCAUACUUUGGGCGGUGUACAUGGCGUCGACUUUCCCGAUAUCACUGGUAACGACAGCUCUACCAACUUUGUUCACUUUGACGGUACCUUCGACUCGUUUGACACUACGGUUGUUACAGAGUAUCUGGACGGCACUACCCAAAAUCCGCUUGUCGUGGGACCAGACACGUCCAAUUCUGACCUUCUUGUGUUCUCAGUGGAUGGAAAUGUGACGAUGCAGACAUUAUCAGACGAAGAGUCCUUUACGAGCACCUGCAAGGAUAUCCUCCAGCGAAUGAUCGAGGUCGUUCCUUCCUCUGUCACACUUUCCGAUGUCAUUGAGCCGAUUCCCAUCAAGCCCGUAGCGAUCCAGAUGACGUUCGACUCUAGUGGGGCCCUCACAUUUACAGGAGAGAUACGUGUCCUGGUAUCGGACCGAGAUGACACCAAUCUUACGGUUCAGUUGCAUUAUGCUGACCAUGACGGGAACAUUUCCUCCAAUAACACGAUCUCCACCGUAGUGGCACCUCUCACUGGAUACGGUUUCGGUGUGAAUUUCCAGUUCUACACCUUUUCGGCGGCGGUACCGAAUGGUAUCUCGUCCUUCAACGUAUCGGUUACCCCUUCUUCUGGUGGUGAGGAGGUGUACGAUAAUGGAGGAUCUGGGUAUCCCAUACAGGACAACAUCUUUUACCUUUCGUCGCAUUCAUGUCUUGUCCAAGAAGCGGAUGAGAAUGGGAACCGGAAUUUGACAGCUGUUGCUGCGGUCCGGAAUGAUGACACACUGACGAAUCCUUCGUUCGACGUUGUGGUGAAGACGCAGCGCGUUGGUAUACCCGUUCCUUUGUUAGCUGUUGAAUCGUCUGCGAUGGAGGUCUGGAACACGGAUGCCUACGAUGGUUUUACGCUGUACACAGGCCAUUUCAGUCUUCCGAUUUAUUCGCGGUCGACGACGUUUGAUGUGACGGUGGGAGAGUAUUCGGACUCAUUCAAGUCGUCUGGUACAUUGGCAGGUACUUGUUCAUAGUAGUAUCGUUAACUUAGAAUGAAUAGGGCACCGGUAACACAGUUUUUGAGCGCCUCGGACUCGGAAGAGAAUUUUACUUUGGCUGUGGUAUCUAUAUACCAAAACUCGGUGUCAUGCGCCGGGGAACAAAUGACAACUUCGUUGAUUACGCAACGAUAUUAAUAUUAUC